CCUCAUCUCUGAGUUGUCUCUGCCAUCGUCGCACUUCAAUUUCCGGGAAAGAUCCUUCCCAUCCCUCUCCCAUAUCCCCUCUGCCUAUUUAUAUUCUCCAAUUCCCCAUCAUCCAAUUCAUUCACAUCACAAUCUACGGAGAAGGGUAUAUUUUAAUUGGAUCCCGGAGGAAACUAAUGGCGUGCGGCGGCGGCAGCGGGAGAGGAAAGGAAGAGUUCGAGGAUAUGCUGCCGGAGAUGGCGGAGAAGCUGGGCGGGGAAGGGCUGAUGAGAGAGCUGUGCAACGGGUUCAGUCUGCUGAUGGACGGAGAGAGAGGCGUGAUCACAUUCGAGAGCCUGAAGAGGAACUCGGCGGCGUUGGGGCUCCAAGAUCUGGGGGACGACGACCUCCGGAGCAUGCUCCGGGAAGGGGAUUUGGACGGCGACGGGGCUCUCGAUCAGAUGGAGUUCUGUGUUCUCAUGUUCCGGCUCAGUCCCGACCUCAUGCGCGAAUCCGAAGCUCUCCUUCANGCUGGGCGGGGAAGGGCUGAUGAGAGAGCUGUGCAACGGGUUCAGUCUGCUGAUGGACGGAGAGAGAGGCGUGAUCACAUUCGAGAGCCUGAAGAGGAACUCGGCGGCGUUGGGGCUCCAAGAUCUGGGGGACGACGACCUCCGGAGCAUGCUCCGGGAAGGGGAUUUGGACGGCGACGGGGCUCUCGAUCAGAUGGAGUUCUGUGUUCUCAUGUUCCGGCUCAGUCCCGACCUCAUGCGCGAAUCCGAAGCUCUCCUUCACCAGGCUCUCGAACAUGAACUCUUUGCCUAUUCUUCUUCUUCUUC